CGCAGCCCAGACCCGGACGACAAGCAGGCAUCCGCAUCUGCAUCCACCCCCUCCUUCAGACAAACGAGGCACUGCACAAGCCCCGCAAUGAGAGGACACAAUCUGAACGUCCAGGGAGUCAUUAUCUGCGAUGAGGAGACCGAGGUCUCCGAGACCAGGGACAUUGUUUUCCCCCACCAGUCCGAGGAUGUCUCGCAAAUCGCAGUCGACAUCGGAGGAAGCUUGGCCAAGGUCGUCUGGUUUUCGAAAAAGUCAGACUCGCCCGGAGGCCGCCUCAACUUUGUAAAGUUUGAGACUCAGCACAUCGACCAGUGUGUGGACUUUAUCCACGAUGUUCUCUACAACACCUACGCCGGCCAAGUCCCUGUCUCGCAGCGAGUUAUCAAAGCCACUGGCGGUGGUGCACACAAGUACUAUGAUCUAUUCCAGAAGCGACUCGGCGUUACUAUCCAGCGCGAAGACGAGAUGGAAUGCUUGAUCACAGGAUUGAACUUCCUCGUCCGCCAGGUUCCAUACGAAGUAUUCACGUAUGACGAGCGCCGUCCACAGCCCAUGGUCUUCGAGACGAACAUGGGCAGUCUCUUUCCGUACCUGCUUGUCAACAUCGGCUCAGGAGUCAGCAUCAUCAAGGUUACCAGCGACGAGACUUUUGAGCGCGUCAGCGGUACUUGCAUCGGCGGAGGAACCCUAUGGGGUCUGCUUUCUCUCAUGACCAAUGCUCAGACCUAUGACGAAAUGCUCGAGCUGUCCAAGAGCGGCGACAAUCGCAAUGUUGAUAUGCUAGUUGGCGACAUCUACGGCGGUGCCUACAACAACAUCGGGCUCAAGUCGACUACCAUCGCAUCUUCCUUUGGCAAGGUCUUCAAAGCGCCCCCUGAGGAGCGAAAGUCCAAGUUCCGCCACGAGGAUAUUUCGCGUUCGUUGCUGUAUCUUGUCAGCAACAACAUUGGCCAGAUCGCAUACCUCAACGCUCAGGCCCAUGGGAUCCAGAGAAUCUACUUCAGCGGCUUCUUCAUUCGCGGACAUCCCAUCACCAUGAACACACUGAGCUAUGCCAUCAACUUCUGGUCCAAGGGCAAGAUCAAGGCCCUCUUUUUGCGCCACGAGGGCUACCUCGGGGCAGUGGGUGCGUUCUUGCGCCACAUGCCCGGACGCCAGGCUCGCCUGGGAUCCUUCACCGAGAACUUUAGCCAUGUUGAGCAGCCCACCCAAGCGGCACUUGCCGCCGUCGGAACGCUGGAUAGCUACCCCACAGGGCUCACUGCCUUUCCUGCCCUCGAGGACAUCAACACGUACCAGCCAGACACGGUGACGCUCAACGAUCUGGAGUCACAGCAGUAUUGGAUCACCCUCCUGGAUCGCAACCUGGCCGAUUUGGUUGAGCUCGUCAUCGAAUGGGACAAUGUUGGCAAGGAGGAUGCCAAAGAGAGGGCCAGCAAGUUCGAGAAGAUGUACCGCGAGCAUCUGGAGCGGCUGACCAAAGAGCCCAACUCGUAUGGCGUCCUUACGAUCCGCAGUCUCCUGCAGCUUCGUGAGCAGUGCCUCCGGGAGAUGGGCUUCUACGACGUCUUUGCCGGCGUCAAGCGAGUUGAAAACGCUACAGCGCUCCGCGCUCUGCCCGACCUGCUGAAGGAGCUCGACAGUCUUGGAGACGAGACUUUGUUGCUGUCGCUGGUGCACAACGUUAUUGCCGGCAACAUGUAUGACUGGGGGGCUAAAUCGGUCCAUGGGAUGCUCAAGCGGGGAGAGCUUGAUUUCCAGACCGCCAAGUCCAAGGUCAAGUACAACGACAAGUUCUUCCAGUUCAAUGCUCUCAAGGACCAGCUCCUGCAGCAGCCUUACAAGAAAGCCAUCGUAUUUGUGGACAACAGCGGCGCCGACAUCAUUCUUGGCAUGAUUCCGUUUGCGCGCUUCCUGCUCUCGAAGGGCACCUCUGUCAUUUUGGCAGCAAACACCCUCCCGGCGGUUAACGAUAUCACCUCCAACGAGCUGCGCGAUAUCAUCGAGGCUGUGGCAUCCUUUGACCGCAUCAUCAGCGAGGCUUGGAACAACGAAGCUCUGCUCGUCGUUGGCAACGGCAACGGCUCGCCCUGUCUUGAUCUGGGCCAUAUCAACGAAAAGCUCGCGGUUGAAGCUGCUGGUUGCGACCUGGUUGUGCUCGAGGGAAUGGGAAGGGCAAUCCACACCAACUACCACGCAAAGUUCAAGGUCGACAGCUUGAAGAUUGGAGUGUUCAAGAACCCUUUCAUCGCCGAGCAUCUCGGUGCCUCGAUGUACGAUGCCCUGUGCGUGUUCACUCCCGCUGCCUGAAGUACCGCACAGCAUGACGCAGCAAUCCAAAGGACCGACCAACAUUGAUGCUUGCAGCGAUGAUUUGAGAGCCCAAAGCACUCGGGCGCUGGCCCAAAUCUCUCCGUUCAAUACAAACAAUCCACAGCACAC